GUGCGUUUCCAUGGUAACCAGAUGAGCGUCUCGUACUUCAGUAGCGACGAUGUCCGCCUGCGGGGAUGACGAAUCUCGGCCACGAUACACUUUCCAACACCUCCCUCAAAAAAACUUCCCAUCCCUGGAAAGUAGGGAGAGCCGGGACCGCCUGGUUAAAUGGUCAAUGGAUGCCAGAAUCACUGCACAGGCAUUCAGCUUUGAUCAGAAUUUCAAAGGAUAUCAAUCAGAAGAUUUUCUUAUGGCCUUUUUUAAUCACCCAGAUGUUAACAGCAAUUUGAAACUGCUUUCAGCCUCUGGACAAUGGACUGUUCUAAAUACCACUGUGAACAAAGUUGAAGUGAAGAAUAUUCUGUGCACCAAAGUCUCCAUGUCAUUUUUUGACCGAUUAUAUGGUGAAGGGGUUGUUCGAGAAAAUGGAUAUAUUGUCAAAUGUCUUGAUGAAUGCUUUGAUGAGAUGCUAAUUGCUGAUGAGCUAAGAAAGGUACUUCUUUUGGAAGAUUCAGACCACUACGAUUUAUUCAGCCAGUCGGAUCGUGAGGAGUUUCUCUUCUGUCUUUUUAAGCAUCUUUGCCUUGGAGGAUCUCUUUGUCAAUAUGAAGAUAAUCUUGAUCCAUACUUAGAAACAACAAAAGCUUUAUAUAAAGAUCUAGUGAGUGUUCAAAAGGAUCCUGAAACUAAAGAAUUAAAUAUUAUAUCUACUGUUUUUAAAGUCUCUGCCCAUGAUGCUCAUGGCCUUUGUUAUCCUUCAUCCAGAAGCCAUCAGCAAACAUUUGCCUACUUGAUUGUCAGUCCUUUCAAACGACAUGUCUAUGUUCUGUACCACUCUUUUGGUACAAGUCUCUUUUGCAAUUGACUGAUUUCUGUGGCACCGAAUCAGUGGACAAACUUUUCAAAGUAUAGAUUUGUCAGGGUUCCCAUCUUGUCACAGACAUCACAAGACUUGGUUUCAAAUUCUUCUUAUUUGUAAUAAUAUUUAAAUCUGUAUAUUUAGACCAGUAACUCCAGAAAAGUUGUUGUGUUGGUACUGGAUUAACAGACAAGUUCCCACUGGUUCAGGCACAACUGUGGGAAGAAAGUUCGUUUUCAUAAAUGACAGUAGGAUGUGUUUGUAAAACUAGGUUUUAGUUUUAAUGCUAGCUUUAAGCUGGGACUUUUGUGUAUUUAAACUGAGCAUUGUUAUUGUUGGAAUGGGCAGGAUACAAGCUGAAUAAAUAAUAGAAACUCUGGGAUUCCCAAAGCAGAGUCCUACAUCAGGUUACUGCAAAGUAAAAAGUUCCUUGGUAUUCUUGUAA